UUCAACUCAAUCAAGAUCAAGAAAUCGAUCGCGAUCAGCUAGCAUCUUCGUUUCGUUUCGAUUCGAUAGAUCAUCAAUGGAAGGAGACAGCAGCAAGAAGAUGAUCACGUUGAUCAGCUCCGACGGGGAGCGCUUCGAGGUGUCGGAGGCGGCGGCGAGCCUGUCGCAGAUCCUGCGCCACAUGAUCGAGGAUGACUGCGUCGACCCCGCCGGCGUCGUCCUCCCCAACGUCGCCGCCAAGCCGCUCGCCAAGGUCGUCGAGUACUGCACCAGGCACGCCGGCGCUGGCGCCGGCGACGAGGCGGCGGCGGAGGAGCUGGAGAGGUUCGACGCCGAGUUCAUCGACGUGGGCAUGGACAUGCUGCACGCGCUGCUGACGGCGGCCAACUUCAUGUGCGUGGACGGGCUGAUCGGCCUGGCCAUCCGGCGCACGGCGGAUCACAUCAGGGGCAAGUCGCCGGAGCAGAUAAGGAAGCUGUUCCGCAUCGUCAACGAUUUCACGCCGGAGGAGGAGCAGGCGAUCAUUAAAGAGCACGAAUGGGCCUUCCAGUAGCCCAGCUACACACAUCUACUCCUACUUAAUUAGCUAGUCUACUACUCCUAUGUCACAUGUGAUGUGAUUGCUAAUUACUCCUAGAUUGUUAAUUACUCCUACUACUAGUUAUUACUAGCUAGGUAUUAAUAAGUGUAAUUAUUGGGAACAAAUUUUGUUUAGUAUGGUUUGGUUUAUGCUUAAUUAGUUAUUGCUCGCAUAUACGAGUAUAUGCAUUGCUUUACCUUGCAAAAGUUUCUUCAGUUGCUCAAACCUCAAACACCUUCAUUAACGAAAAUGCAGCUCCUGCAUUGUCAAAGAUGUCAAGAUAUACUAUAUAUAUAUAGCUAGCAAUCAUCUCAUAAAAAGCAAUCAACAAUUAAUCUCAUACACUGCU